ACGUCAUUACCAAGGAGACGUAUUGAAACAUGGCGGCCGCCUGGUUGGUGAUUUGAUACCCACAACAUCACUUCGACCCGCCUUUUUGUCUUGCUAGAUAACCGUUCGUCUAUAUUUUCAUGACCUAUGCUUGGAAAACUUACCAGGUAACCAGGGGACGCAAUUUAGUAGACAGUUGCAGCCAUGUCCAAACGUGAGAGAGACAAGCCCAAGUCGCUGUCCUCCCACAAGCUGGGCCGUUCAUCCAGCGGGAAUGUGAGUUAUGAGGACCUGAUCGUGGCACAGUAUCUGGACGAGAUCAGGAAAGCCACCAAGGACAAAGGAUCCACCCACACCCCGUCACCCUACCUACAACAGCUGCUGAAUGGAGGCAUACGGUACGCGCAGGGACAGGGCACCAGCCCGGGGAAGGGGCCCGCACGGCCGAUGUCCGCGUCCGUACGGGGCCGCUCCGACUCGCGGGAGAGGUCCAGGAUCGAUGCAAAGUUCAUCGCAGAUCCAGCAGCGUUCGAAGCUGAACAGAAAAACGUGAAGGAAAAGAGGAAAAGGCCGUCCAGUGCUCCAGCUACAAGAAAUAGGGCCAGGUCAAAUUCCUUCUCCUCCUACGCACCACAGUCUUCUGCAAGAACAGGAAGCUCCACAGGUGCAAAGAUCAAACCCCUGUACAAGAAGCAGCCCAAAGUCAUCACAGUCACAGCCUUUAAGAACGGAGGCAGGGAUGUCUUCACCAGGGUUACUGCACCUACUAUCAAGGAGCUUCUGGAGAUGUGUACCAUCAAAUUGGGCCUGCUGUCUGCCGCCCGGCGCGUGUUUCUGACAGACGGUCGGGAGGCGUUCUCCCCCAAGGACAUCCCUCGUGAGGCAGAGGUGUACAUCUCACAGGGGGAGCCGUACAGGGACCCAUACAAACCUGUCAAGACCCAAGAGCAGCUGAAACGCGGUGCCAUGUGGACCAUGAACGGGAUUCUCCUCCCACAGGACGUCAAGAGGGGCAAGACCAAGUCUUCUCUCUCCAAGAGACUCAAAACUCUUGUGGAGAAGAGAAGACAUCGGAUCCUGAUCUUCCUCAAUGGUCAGGGGGUCAAAGGUCAGGAGGUGGUGGCCUCUUUAGAUGCACUUCAACAGUUCCUAGAUGCCUGUACAGGCUGUAUGAGUCUGAGCUCUCCUGCCCGGGUUCUGUAUGACUGGAGCGGGAAGGAGAUCGUAGAUCUGAACGAAGCUGACCCCCUAGACAAGGUACUGCAGACGGCCACCACACCUGUCCUGGGACCACUGUGGGUCUCCAAGGGGGAGGGCUUCAGUCCUGCAGGGGUCGAAGUUUACAUCCAGGACGUGCUGCAGAACCUGCGACCGAAGCUGCGGGCGGCUAAAGACUACAGGUCACAGCUGCAGCUGGCUGAGUCAGGCCGGACAGGGGAGGUGGACAGGGUGGAGCUACUGUCUAUGGACAAGACAGAGAUCAAAAACGCUCUGAAUGAGACUGAUGAGUUGAUCAGUGACCUGAGUGGAACCAUCACCAAGUACAAGGAUCAGCUGAAGGUUCUUGAGCCCAGGGUACUUGAGGAGCGAGACACCGGGCAUGAGUACAAGAUGAAACACAUCAAGAGUCUGGAGGCUACAGACAGACUGGUGGGGAAACAGGGACUUAGACUCAAGGUGUUUGAGAAUGGGAGAGAUGAGGGGGAGACACUGAUCUACUUUAACAUGAGGGAUGCUGAGAGGGCAGCUAAGGGGGACAGCAAGAGGCUGAUGGAACAGCUUCUUGCCACCUGUACUGCCUGUCAGAGACUAGCCAACCCCGUGUCCAAUCCCGGGCCGGCGCUCAGUAGUGUCGCUAAGAAGCUGUACGACCGUGACGGUCAUGAGAUCACCAACAUCUACAGUCUCCAGACGGAACAGGAGGUCUGGCUGUCAUUUGGGGAGGACUUUAAAGCACCCAGUGUGUCUGUGUUACAAGUGUGUUUUGACAAGGCCCAGGGAGUGGCAUUACCAGACGGCAGGACGGUCGCCUACAGAGAACCUGUGGGUGGGGAGGACGCUGUGGAGGGGAUAGACAGACACAGUCACUGGGAGGCUACUGUUGGCUUCCCCCUGGAGUAUGACUACACAGAGCUGCGUGAUGAGAGGGACAUCGAGGAUGAAGAGGAGAGAAUCAGGAACAAGGCAGCUACAGACAGGGUGGUCAUGCAUGUCAAGUCAGCCGGGCUGGACACACGGGGCAGCUUCCUGCAGAACAAGGAGGACACUAACACAGUGCUGUACCCUGAGCUCAGUGUUCAGUCCAAGAAAAAGAAAGGGUGGCCACCUGGGUGUCAGACCUGGGUUAUCAACCAGAGUGGACUGAUCUACAGCCGUGCCAUGCCCCAGUUGGCUCUAACCGUCAACGACAACCAUCGUGUGGAGACGGAGGUCAGCGAAGGGCUCACCGUGGGGGGAUUCGGGGUCACCAUGCAAAAGAGGAUGGUUGGGAAUCCUGCACAACAGUGGAGCUUCAGUCCAGAUGGUUAUAUCUUCUCUGUGGCCUAUCCCGACCUUGUCCUGACCUUCCUGGGUGACCAGGGCUCCCAGCCGACCUCUGACCUCAUCACCCCGGGUCUAGACCUCCCGCAGGGCGUAACGGCGGUGGACGUGAACGGUACGUCCGAGGACAGCGACUACCGGCCGCACCUGGUCGACCUGGAGGGAGAGGAGGUUCUACAUGUCCGGACCGAUCCACUCGCUGGCCUGGGGGAGGGGCAGGAGUUCUCAGGACAGAGGAGUAUAGUGGACGUGGUGGAAAAAGUGCCUGCAAAACAUCCCUGUGCCAAAUUUCAGAGGUGGGCUCUGAAACAGGAGGACCUGGCCAACAUGGGGCAGUGGAAAAAAUCCAAGAUCUCCAACCCUGAGUGGAACAAGUUGGCAUACUCCUGGCCUGUCACUGAAGACGGGGUCUGGAACAAGGAGUUUAAGUGGCCCCUGGAAGGUUUUCUCAUUCCCAUGGCUCCUCCACUGAGGAAGUCUAAAAAGAAGAAUCCAAAUGGAGUUGUCCCUCUGAGGCUAAAGGUGGUGAGGAAUGGAGACAAGAACCCCAAGAACUCAGUAGUGAUUGUCGGACCAGAUCUGACCAAUAUGAUGCGUGACAUGAACAAGACGGCUCUGAAUGGUAAGAAGGCGCUGCACCACAAGCGGCGCUCCUCCUCCACCAUUCACGUGGACGACCUGUCUGAGGACAUGGCCGACGCCCUGCACUGUGACAACAUGCCCAGGUUCAGGGAGCUAGAGAUGCAGCUGUUCUUGGAGAGAUGUACCACACUGAUGGACCUGCCGUUUGCGGCGCGGCGGCUGUUUGACGAUAACGGGAAGGAACACGGCACGCUGGCGGAGCUGAAGCGGGACCAGGUCGUGUUUGUGUCGUGCGGAGAGGUGUGGGUCGACCCCAAACUGACGGAGAGUGAGCGCCAGAGGAGAACACUGCUGGCCAACCUGGCGUCAGACGUUGCACAGAUCAAACACUACGUCGCUCUCAGGAACCCAGAAGAACUGGUGAUGAUGGUAUCCGGCCCCCUCCAGCCUGGUUCCCAGGUGCUGGUGGAGAAGUGCAGCCUCAGUCCUGAGCAGCAGGAGGUUAUUGCACAGGCCGAGCUGACCGGGGAGGGAGGGGAGCACGGGGAGGGGGAGGACAAACCUCACACACUGGAGGAGAUACUAGGGGAGAUCGGGUCAGCCCACGAGAGGUCCCACCAGCGAUCGGAGGAGAGACUGGCAUCACGUAAGCGACCCUGGGAACAGGGCUUCACCAGCAAGUAUGAUGAAAUCAUCGAGCUGGGAACAGAGGAAGAACCUCAGUACAGUGACAUGGCUCUGUACAGCAAGUUCAGACCUAAGAGCCGUUCCCCCAGGAGAAGUUCGCCCCUGAGUGCCCAGCGGUUCCUGGUGCAGGAUGGGUGGGUGGAGAUGGCUGACUGUCCUGGGCUGGUGCUGGGUGUGGCGGAACAGGACGUGACGGGAACCUCCGUUUCCGUGGUACUGGUCAGGAAACGGGACGACGACAUCAAUCAGAGAUGGACCCUCAACAAGGACGGCUCCAUCAACAUCAAAAGCAACUACGGCCUGGUGCUGGGAGUGGCCCUGCCUCCCCAGCCCCCAGGGGAAGACUCCCCACCCCCGGGGUACGUGGGCGUGCCCAUCUCCCUGCAGCCCCGCAGGGUGGCGGCCCUGGGGGCGGCAAACCAGCGCUGGCUCUGGGACCCCGUCACUGGGUUCAUCAAGGCUUUCGCUACAGAUGUAACUGAUAAAGAAAUCACAGCAGCAAACAAGGCAGGAGUGUGCACACAUGCAGUGACAGGUGCACAGGAGCUGGAACAACCCGGUUAUGCGUGGGCGAUGCCGACAGCCAAGGGGAGUCAGCAGGCCAUGGUGUGUGUGGCCUGCGCUCGUGCAAUGCGUGGAAGCUUCCGCCUGACCAAACUUAACGUCAGCAUUCCGUUUUCCUGUGCCAUGGGAACUACAAUGAAACAAAAGGGACAGAAGUUUGGUGGCUGCUUUCAUUGUUUGAAUGGAAAGGUUGACCUGUCCACGUACGAAGCGGAGAAGACGUUGGAGAGUUGGGAGGAGCAGCUGGAGCAGCUGAGAAAGGAGCGCAGCGUGCGCACCAUCCAGCGCCAGAUCUCUGCAGCACAGAUGGUCCAAUCACUGCGCGUACUGGCCUUCAAGAACGGGGAGGGCUGGUUCGCCGAGGGGACUGUGCUGGUGGGGUCCAGUGUCUAUGGGCUCCUGGAGCAGGCCACCCACCGGCUGAACCUGGCGAGCGCCGCCCGGCGGAUCUACACGGCAGACGGUAACCUGGUGCUGGACAUGAAGGAGCUCAUUGACUGGGCUGUCAGCGACUACGAAGAACAGGUUCAGGCAUAUUUGCAUGAUGAGAAGGACCAGAGAGAAAUGACUCAGGAGGAGAACAGAAAAGAGGAGGGGGCAGGAGAUACAAUGGAACAGCCUGAUGAACUUGAGUUCACCUACCGCUACACCAACGACGACUUUGACUACUGCUGGGACGGCUUUGAACUUCCCGACCCCAGCUUCACCUUCAGCUUCGAGGUCAAGGCCGCCAGCGACGCCCACAUCGCUCUCUCGGAGAGCAACGCCAACGAGGACGGGAUGUACGAAAUAGUGAUCGGGACCAUGAUGAACAGAAUGUCCGCCAUCCGUCAGUUCAAACACGAGGGGUUACCCGACAUCAGGAUAACACAGAGGACUCCAGACAUACUGUCUGCCAACGAGUAUCACAAGUUCUGGAUAAGCUACGACGGGAACGGGACAAUCGAAGUACGGAGGGACGGGGAGGCGGACCCCAUUGUGCAGUGGACCGACCCGGACCCCCUGCUUGUGAGAUACGUGGGAUAUUCCACUGGACAUGGUUGUGAUGGGGAGUGGCACUUCACCUUCAAAUCAGAUGAAGAUGAGAUAGAUGGAGGUGGGACAAAGACUAUGGACAGCAGCAUGGCAGAUAGUUUCAAGAGAAUGGACAUCCAGGAAAACACUACCAGAACGACUCUCAGGGACAGACCGUCGUCAGCCCAGGUGGGUGAGCGUGAGCGGCGCGGGAGUGACAGCGGCACACGACAGCGGCACAGCAGCGUGGACGUGAACAUCCAGGAGCUGAUCCGCCAUCCCAUCCCGGUCUGGGUCUCCUGUGGGGAGCCCUUCAUCAGUCCUGAUGUUGUUGCGAGUCAGCGUGCGCUGGACCAGGUCCAUCGAGAGGAGCGUGAGAGCGUGCUGAAGGAGCUACAGAAGGAGAAACACAUUCUGCACCAGAUGCAGGGUCGGCGGUACAAGGGCCUUUCCCACCCCAGGUUUGUGCCCACCACCAGCAGUAGGAACCCUGUGAUGUUGGAGGGGGGGUGGAUGGAGCCCACCAGGGAUGAAGUCACCAGGGAAGAGGCUGUGGAAAAGCUUGAGACCCACCUGUCAGAAGUGAAGGCAGUUCAGAAGGUGGAGCGUAAGAAAGCCGGCGUGGGCCCUCGUACCGUCAGGACCAACAGGAAACUAUACGAACAGCCAACCACGAAACGUGUGUUGGUGUACCCUAACGGGGAGUCAGCAGACAAGGCUGUGUAUGCCUGGGGAGCUAACCUGCAACAGUUACUUGAAUCCUGCACAAUUCGUCUGAAUCUUCAAAGGGCGGCACGUACACUAUACACAGCUGAUGGACAAAAGGUGCAAUCCUGGGACGAUGUGGAGAGAGAUCAGCUGUUAUGUGUGUCCAGUGGAGAAAGUUACAUGAACAACAAAGCCUCUAGAAGGAAAGUUGAGGUAAAGGCGGCGUGGUCACGAGCCAGGAAACAGGAAGGGAUGGAGGCAACAGACGUGCUGACGGUCACACCUCGCACCAACCCUAAAGUAGAGGUUGACCCGUACGGCCCCCCAGUCCUGGCUCUACCGGCUCCAGGAGAGGGGGGGAGCAAGAGGAGACCCCCUCUCCCCCCUUCUGCCGGCAAGAGGAGGUAAAGCCUGGACACCCCCAAACUGCAGUGGUACUGCCCUGGUUUCACUCAGUUUCGGAUCAUUCCAAGUCCAGAUAGGGGUACUAUAUGAAAAAAAAGACUGAAUGUAUAUUUAAGGUUUCUCUUGCCCUUUCUGUACGAAUUUUACAUAAGUGUAGAACCAUAAGCUUCUGAUCAAUAUAUGUACCAAUAGACAGUAAUAAUGUACAUACUAAAAUAGGGCUGUUUUGUUGUACAAAGGUUAAAGUUAUAGGCUAUUUUUGAGGGACAUGUAUAAGGUCUGUCCAAAAAUAAGGCUUAAUCAUUAUAUAUUACAAGUUAGGCAAAUAGAAUGUUAUCAAAAGCUGUACAGUUAUAUUUCAAAAUUUGAAUGUUUGUCAUCAGUACAAAUGCUACAUUCAGUUACUGUAGAUGUUACACAUAGCAGUUUUCAUGUCAAAAUACAUCAAAACAACAUGACACUUACUACUAGUAGAUACAAUGUAUGGCAUGCCAGACAAUUUCAUUAUAGUAGGCUUAAAGUACUAAGGGUAAAGCCUGUCUUUGUUAUUGGAGCAGACAUACUUUGUACAAUUGUGCUGUGUCAUGGUUUCGCACCAAUGAUCAGAAAACUACAGUUGUACUUAUAGGAUAUUAUCAUGAUAUAUUUUACACGUAUAAAGGUCUGAUGUACAUGAUGUACAAAAUUAAUGUAAUUUUGUUCAGCCGCUAGAAAAGUUUGUUAAACAUUGCGCUGCAUGAUACAUUUAUAUAAUAUUUACAUAAUUAUUAUAUCCAGUCUUUACGAUAUUACAUUUUACAGUACUUGGAAAUAAUCCCUACCCAAAGGAUACUUUGCCUUGCUGAUAUUGCCUGUAUAGUACAUUGUAGUUCAAUUUUAGCACUAAGCAGAAGAGGACUUAUACAUUGUAUGUCACUGUACAAUGUAAAGAAGGAAAAGGUAAAAAAAUGACAAUUAUAAUGUAACUGAGUGUUAUGUUUAUUCUAACACAAUAAAUGUGUUGUGUACACUUUUGUUCAUAGUAAUAUGUACAUUGACUACUGAAUGAAAAUGUGGAAAUGCAAUUUUUGGAACCGAACUGUGCAGCUAUAUUUGAAACUUUUUUCAUAUCAGCUACCAUAUCUCAGCAUAUUGCCUCCAACUAACCAAAAUUUUCUGUAAUAUACAUCUACCAUGUUCAGAAAUGUUUGAAAUGUUUUUCUAUAGUAUGAACUGCUGGUUAUGAUCAGUUAGCUAGUACAUAUUUGGUCAAACAUAGGUUAACAGCUCCAUAGCUUGAUAAUGCAUUGUGACCAAGGUUACAGGAAUAUCUGUUACUUUCUAUCCCAGUAAUCUAUGAUGCCAUACUGCAGGUAUAGCUUCUAAAUAUAGUACUGUAUCAGUUAUUCAGUAUGACCAACAGAGAUACUUGAAAUAUCACUGUUUUUGCCAUAAUGUUGAAGGGUAAUUCUUGCACUUAGGAUUGCAAUCAUCAUAACCUCUUACAACAGUUAGGUAUUGCUGUCUACCUGUAGUUCAACUUAUGUUCUUUUUCUAGUUGGACAUGGAGAGGCUAGUGUUCUGUAUGCCCACAGAUUAUUAUAUAAUAUCAUAAGAAUUUGAGUGUUUUUUCUCUGUACAUUUAUUAACACUGGAUCCACUGCUGCACCCAUUUUUCUUUGACUUUGGUCAACAUUAUUAUUCAUAAACUGCUGCUAUUUCAUGCGAAUUUGCAUUAUG